CGGUCAUCGAUAAACUUCUAAAGAAAGUAGGGAGCUCUUCUCUCAAAAAAAAAUAUUUAUUUUUUUUUUGUGCUUCGUCGUGCGCGUCGUGUUUAAAUUAUUUUUCGCCUAAAAAUAUAAAUUUUCCGCAAACUGGAAAAAUGUUUCAAGAAUUCUAAAUUCUUUAAAUUAAAUGCAAAUAAUCUGUGCAAAAUUGAGUAAAAAUAUAUAAAAAUGCUAUAUAAUUGGUGAAGAAAACGCGAACAUUGAAAAAUCUUAGCAAAGACGUACCGAAUCUAAAAUAUGAUCGCGUUCAUUGCUUUUUUCAAUUUCUGAAAUCUCAAAGAAUAUCGGAAACUUCGUAAAAAAUGAAUGUUUUUGUUAAUGUUAUCACAGCUAUGGACGGCUUUUGUUUGUUUUGAUACUCGUAUAUCUUUUUGGCCCGCUCUUUCCACUUUAUUAAUGGAACGCCGCAGCUGCUGAUUCUGCUUUCAACUGACGAAAUCAAUGAAAUAUUCACGCACGUGUUCUAUUUAUUGCACAUUAUAUAUACAAUUCACCUUGAGCUAACCUCAUCCCAUUUCCCCACCUUUCUAUCUGUUAUUUAACUCAGAACUGCAAAAUGCAAAUUCCUCAGAAAAGUUUGCUCAGAGUAAUUUUCGUGCUGUCAGCAAUUGUCACAGUAACAGAUUGUUGUUCAAGCCGAAUUCUACUCUUAAAGGAACAUACUCUUCAAGUUAUCCAUCAACAAAAGUUUCAUAAUCAAGGUCAUCAUGAGGAACAACAGAAACAACAACUCACCAAUCAAAAAAUUCCUGAACAACACGUCGAUAUUGGUAUUAAGGUAGAUUUCAAUAUAUUGUUUUCAACUGAAAGCACUCCCACAACAAUAAAUUCCGACGAGAGUAACAACAGUACGAACAGUGAGGAAGAAAUUUCAAAUGAUUUUAAAAGCACUGAUACGUUAUCCUCCACUACACCUUACUCCGAAGACGAUAAAACAAUAAUACCAGAGACGUCGAUAUCAUCUCAACCAAUAGAAACGUUGAAAACGUUAAAGACUACAACGAUGAUACCAGAGACGUCGAUACCAUCAGAGACAGAGACAGAGACAACACUGAAAACAACAACAACAGAUGUUGUAUUUAAUUUUGAUUCAGUCACAACAUCAACAGAAAUUUCUGAUAGUUUCACGAUGAAUCCAAUAACCCACAAUAGCAACAAUAGUAGUGAUAGCAACAAUACAACCACUUUACAUGGAUUUUUAGUCGCUGAUAACAGCUUUCAAUUGAAUUCGUCCAUUGAAAUCAACAUCUUAUUAAAUAAAUGCGAUAGAGAGUAUAGUUUGUAUUUUUGCUUUAAUAAAGGUCGUUGUUUUCUUUACCCGAUUGGAAAUGAUACGAUAUACUCAUGCGUAUGUGCUGAAGGUUAUGAGGGGGAACGUUGUGAAUCGAAAAGUAUUAAUGGUUCCUAUGUACUGGCAAAACCACAAGAUAUACCAAGACAAAAUAUUCUCAGCGCUCGCAUCAUAUUUUCAUUUCCAAUGCUUAUAUUUUUGUCCAGCAUUUACAUUUUUUUCGCCGCGAAUAUUGUCUUCAAAUGCCCACAAAAAAAUCAAGCUGCCGGCAUGCUUGGGGGCUGAAGAACCGUCCGAGACUCAGCUUAAACGUAUAUUCAUAAAAGCUUCGAUUUCAAAAAAUAAAUGCCAAGCAUUCGUAAAAAAAUAAUUCGGAAUAUCCUCACCAGCACAAAAACUUCGCAGUCGAUUUGUAAAGAACUGUGCUGAAUCGUUUUGGGGAAAAUUUAUUUUCUCACUUGCUCCUAUGCAAAUAAUGUAGUUGUUACUUCCCCAUUUUUGUUAUAUAUUAUUUAUAAAUAUAUAUAUAAGUAGGACUCAUCUCAUUCAAUUGGGUUUAUUCAAAAUAAAAACGCGCGAUUUGCUUCAUAAGCAAUUUUUCAACGUUAUUUCAUAAAUAAAUGAAGCUUCGGUUUAGUUAAUCAUUUAUACAUAUAUACAUUCAAUCGUGUAUAUAUAUACAAUAUAUAUAUAUGUACUACUUCUUCUAUUUAGUACAAUUUGUAUGUUUGGCUUUAUUAUUGUAGUACCCAACUACCAAUUUUCCUC